CCAACCAAUCACUGUCUGACUCCAAUGUGGCGAUGUCUUGGAGCCGGAAGUGAGGGUUUUUUUUUCUACAAGGGAUCUCAUACUGUCCAGUUCUCCUAUACAGUCAGUGGUUCCACUUUAAGGAAAUCCCGGCAAGUGGUCAUCUUUUAAACUAAAGAGCAUCUGGAACAGAAGCUGACUUUUAAAUGUUAUUCUGUGGUGAUGUCAGAUUAUUUAAUUUAAUUUAAUUUAUCUGAAUCAACUAUCUACCCUGGGCUGCUUCUCGGUAAUCGAUUCGUCAGACUACUUGUAGUCUCAACUCUCCUUUCACUUCGAGGAAAACCCGGAAGUCCUGUCGGUCUCUGUCGUUUGAAUUAAAGAGCACCUGGAAGUGUGCGAGCGUCACCCGUCCCGCUGGUGGUGUAUGGGACCCUCGGUGUGUUCGGUUCUCCAUCUUCUGUAAAGUUGUCGCAGGGAUGGCCGCCGCGCCUCAGACCUCACUUCACAUGAGAUCGACCGAUCUGAUCAAGAGAGAACCGCUGGAUUAUGGGGGAUUCGGGGAGGUUUAUCUGUGCUACCACGCGACCCUCGGACAGGUGGUCCUGAAGACUUUAUACACCGGUCCUCUGCGUAGCGAAGAAAGUAAGAGGUCGCUGCUGGAGGAGGGGAGCAUCAUGGCAAGCCUGAACCAUGAGCGGGUGGUCAAGUUGCUGGGCGUGAUCAUGGAGGACAGGGACUGCUCUCUGGUUCUGGAACUUCUGCCGAUGGGGAACCUGUUAGUCUUGCUGGAGGCGGUCAACCUGCCGAUUUCCAUCAAAGGCAGAAUCAUCUUAGAGGUUCUGGAGGGGAUGAUGUACCUCACGGAGAAACGGGUCAUUCACAAGGACAUCAAGCCAGAAAACAUCUUAGUGGAUAAAGAUUUUCACAUCAAGAUUGCAGAUCUCGGUCUGGCCACAUGCCAAACGUGGAGCAAACUGACAAAGGAGGAAUCUCGCAGGAAGAGCCGCAGUGGACACACAUCGGGGGCUAGAGGUGCCGGCACGCUCAGCUACAUGGCCCCGGAGCACCUGAAGAGCAUUCACACCCCCUCCACUGAGAAGUCCGACGUUUACAGUUUUGGAAUCGUAGUCUGGGUCAUUCUGACGGGGCAGGAGCCGUACGCAAACGCGAGGAGUGAGGACCAAAUAAGUCGGUGUGUUUGUGAAGGAGACCGACCGGCUGAGGAGGUCAUUCCUGGAGACACGCCUUCAGAGAUCGUUCAGCUCAUGAAGCGGUGCUGGAGCGACAGUCCAGAGGAGAGACCGACGUUUAAAGAAGCCUACGACAUUUUCUGUCCGUUUUAUGCUGAAAAUCUGGAACCACAUAUAGAGAAAGAUUUACACGAUCUGAAGGAAAAAUACGAGGGGCCAAAUCAACUAGUCGAGAAGAUGAAAUUACUGUCGAUGACACAUAACUGUGUCUCGGGAAAUGAGCACGAUUGCCCUGCUCCUUUGGUGAGUUCAGAUACCAGCGUUUUGGGACCAGUUGAAGCCAGCAUCGAGGAUCUCCAUGACAUCAGCUACAAACCGUUGGACGGUUCCAUUCAAGCUGAUGCCCGACAAACUUCAAAUUUGGAGCAGAAACUGGAUCGAGAGCUUCAGUACCACAAACGCGGCAGCUAUAACUCUGAAGUGCAUCCCGAGGCCGCCAGCAGCUACCACAACAAUCAUGUAUCCCAGAACCCCCACGUGGAUCAAACCCGGAGGCCGCAGGCGUCCUCUGUCCACUCCUGGACUAAAGAGCCGGUGCAGCCGGCCGGCGCAGACUCGGUGCAUUACGGUUCUAUGACUUCACCCACGCCGACCCAUUUAACCGCAUCUAUCAGCACGCCAUCUCUGUCACAGUACCAGCACCUACAGCCACAUUUAGACCGCCAGCAGUCCUGGCCAGCUUACCCGGUUCCCGAUACCUAUGUCCCGGAUCCAAAUGCGGCUGGCUGUGGAGCCCCUUCGAAGAGUUUCCAAACACAGGAGCCAGGACCUCUGUACAUUCAGAACGCCAGCGGGAUCCAGAUCGGAAACAACAACACUCUGAGUAUCCGAGGCUUUGACAGCCAGCUGUCCUCACUGUGUGUGUCCGGAAACGGAUCCAUGAUGUCUCCCAUCCAAGAAGGCAUCAUGAAAUACGAGGGCCAUGCUGUGACAGAGGCGCACCUGUAUUUGCUGACAGAGAACAUUGGGAACAACUGGAAGCGCUGUGCACGCCGGCUGGGCCUGAACGAUGUUGAAAUCGAUGCCAUAUAUCACGAUUACUACCGCGACGGCCUGGAAGAAAUGGUCCACCAGAUGCUGGAGCGCUGGAAAAUGAAGGAGGGAUCUAUUGGCUGCACCGUCGGGAAGCUCUGCAAAGCUCUGGAUGGACUCAUUAAAGUCAACGUCAUUCAGAAGAUCCUGGACAUGUGCGGCUCUUCCCACGUGGCCUAAACCUCCAUCGCUCUUCCGUUUACUUCUAACCCAAAUGUAUCGUGGCCUUUUAUCCCAUUUGUGACUGUUGGCGCGAAUCAAGUUUGAAUCCAGAUUGAGUUCAAUCUGUGUCAUCACAUGACCUUUAAACCAAACUUGAAUGGUAAGAGUCAGUAAAUAUGCGCAGAGAAACAUUUUAACAGAAUUCAUAGAUGAAUACAAAAUGAUUUUUUUGUUUAAAGAGUUAAAAAUAUACGUAGAAAGAAAUAUUCAUUGUGAAUGUAUUGCUGGGGCUUGUUGUGGUCAUACUGUAAGAUUUCAUUAUGUUCGGGAAUUUUAAAACAAGUACUUUUGAUUUAAGAGUUAAUAUCAGUGUUGGGCACAAACCUUGUCGUCUUCUACCUUAUGAGUUGCUUUACCUUAUCAAGGGUUUUGACGUCUCUUUAAGAGAAUUUUAUUUCAUUAAUCCAAUCUGAAGUUAAAACUCCUUCAGGAAUCAACUGUGAUGCUGUAGCUUUACCUUUUUGGACAACCCAAAUAAACCCAUUUCUUCCUGAU